GCCCGAUGCGGUGCGCGGCGCGCAACUCCCAUAGCUGUCUGCGAGGCUACUGGGCGUGUAGGAGAAACAUAGCAGAGUGCAGCUCGACGUUUUGAUAAAUGCACCACACCUUGAAGCUUUGCAAUAUCAAAGCUGACAUAAUCUUAUCAGAAACCAAAGAAAGUGAAUCGUUUGUUUACAUCUGUGGCGCAGAAAGCCGCGCAAAGGUUAUGCGUUUUAUUGGAUAAUGUCAGGAUGGCUGAGCCCCCUCGGUCAUGCGACUGUUUUGUAUCGCUGCCUCCCGGCUCCCAAGAUGACCACGUCAUAUUCGGCAAGAACUCGGAUCGCCCGCGGGAUGAAGUCCAGGAGGUUGUUUACUUCCCAGCCGCCUCCCACCCUCCCGGUUCCUCGGUGGAGUGCACGUAUAUCUCCAUCCCCCAGGCGGAUCACACCCAUGCGGUGGUCUUGAGCCGGCCUGCCUGGCUGUGGGGCGCGGAGAUGGGGGCCAACGAGCACGGCGUGUGCAUCGGCAACGAGGCCGUGUGGACCAAGGAGCCCGUGGGGGAAGAAGAGGCCCUCCUGGGCAUGGACUUUGUCCGCCUGGGUCUGGAGCGUGGGGCGACGGCGCGCGCUGCCCUGGACGUGAUCACGGGGCUGCUGGAGCAGCACGGUCAGGGCGGGGCGUGCAGGGAGCAGACGGAGCUCUUCUGCUACCACAACACCUUCCUGCUGGCCGACCGCACCGAGGCCUGGGUACUGGAGACCGCCGGCAAGCUCUGGGCCGCACAACAGUUCACAGCCGGGGUGAAGAACAUCUCCAACCAGCUGUCGAUAGACACGGACAUCUCCCUGGAGCACCCGGACCUGCGCAGCAUGGCCCAGACGCAGGGCUGGUGGGACGGCCAGGAGCCCUUCAGCUUCAACACCGUCUUCAACCCCGACAACCCGCCCGCCCGCAUGGAGCUGGCCAAGCAGCGCUACCGCGGCGGCACCGAACUGCUCCGCCAGCACGACGGCUCGGUGACAGCGGAGGUGAUGAUGGGCAUCCUGAGGGAUAAGACCAGUGGUAUCUGCAUGGACUCUGGAGGCUUCUGCACCACGGGCAGCAUGGUGUCCAUUCUGCCCCGCGACGCCGCCCUCCCCUGCGUACACUUCUUCACUGCCACCCCGGACCCCUCACGGUCUGUCUUUAAGCCUUUCAUCUUCUCGGAGAUGAUGAUCCCGGUCAACAGGGUCAUGUCCCCCCAGUACGGAUCCGCUGACCCCGUGAAGCAACAGCCUCGCUUCCAGAGCAAAGUGGACCGACAGCACGACCUCUACAAGGCCCACCAAGAAGCGAUGAACCUGAUCGAAAAGAACCCGGAUGCCGGUGCCAUCCUGCAGGAGACGCUGCGCUACCUGGAGAGCCAGUGUCUGAUGGACAUCGACGCCAUGCUGAAAGGGGAGAUCCCCGGCGAGGAGCUUGGGGACCUCUUCUUCGACUGCGUGGACACAGAGCUAAAGUUCUACCAGUGAGGGAGCAGACACUGACAGCUCCAUGACGACACGGACGAGCAAAAAAAGCCUGCUGAUGGAUGAGCCCCUAAGCGGGUGGUCAUUGUCGUCCGUGACUCCUGAACGAGCAUUCCUGUCAUUGGUCCCUUUACCCUGUAUCACAACUAGCCCCAUGACGCUGCCACGCCACGCAUUCAUUAAACGCUUGAACGUCUGUCUGUCUGUCUGUCUGUCUGUCCGUAGUCAUUUUUCGAUGGGAGCGCACAGCACACUGUCUGUCUGUCACUAUGACAGGAUGGCCAUGCAAUGAGGGUGGGGAGAGGGGGGGGGGGGGGCUUAGGGCACAGCACAUUUUGCAGUGUUAACUUAACACCUUGGGAGUCAAAUUCAAUGCUGUUAGUGUUGGUCCUACUGUCUACGACUCAGUAUUGAAUUAACACUGCAAGAUUGACUGUGAGGGGGGUGUGGGGUGGAGUUGAGGGAGGGGGGGGGGUAUUCCAGUACACCAGUGCACUACAUUAGUGAGAUUGUGUCGUUGUCAUGUUGUGUGCCAGCAGAGUGAAAGUAGAGCUGUGUGACGCCAUUUUAAGCCAUGUUUGCUUGUCGUUGCUGCAAGUGUGGAAGAUGCAAAAUUCCCUUUUUUGUGUGAGUUCUGUUGGUACGAGUAAUAAAGUUUACGGUCUGGAUACCAAAACAAAUUGUG